AUGAGCAUACUUCAGAAUAAAUUCAUUAUAUACGACGCAGUCUAUAUUAACAAUGGUAGCAACACCAGGGAAGACGCUAACGAGUUAAGGGAUAAGUUAGGGAAACGUCAGGGCAUAGAGAACAUUGUCAAUGAAAUUGUAGAAUCCUACUGUUACAUAUAUAAAGAAAAACAUGUCAAUGCACCUGAUCAUGAUUGGUGUUUUUGGUUCUAUUACUGGGUAGGGAGUACCAUCUUUAAGGAAUCCAAAGAAAGUGGAUUCGUCGACUUCAUGGAGAAAGUUUAUAAUGCAUUGGAAAAGGUAAGUGUUGCGCGUAAGUGUAAAAAGAUAGAUGAAUAUAUUGCCGAAAGCACUUUCAAACAAAUGAGAAAAAUGUACGAGUACUACCAGGACUAUGGUACUAUAAAACAACAGUUACAGAGAAGUGGUAACCAAUGUGAUGAAAAGUAUGAUCAGCACCUCCAAGAUAUUCUUAACGAUUAUGAUAAAGUGAAGAGUAUAUGUGGGGCAGCAGCAACUUAUAAAGAACACUGUAGUGCCUUCCAGGACAUGUUCAAUAACCAAGAUUACAAGAACCUACUAACACAACCACGUGAAGUUAUGACUGUCUCAGAGUCCAUGGAAGAACUUUCUGUACCCAGUACAGAAAAUACAUCACUUUCUACUGUCAUCUCCUCCACAAUUGUCACAUUGAUAGGAUUACCAGCAGCUGUCGCUUUCUUCCUCUACAAGUAUAACCUCCUACCUUCAUGGAUAAAUGGCAUCUUCAUUAAGGGAAGCAAUAAAAAUAGCAACAAUAAGAACAGAAGAAAAAGAACAACAGCAAUGGGACGACAUAACUUUAACGAUUUAACAGAAAAUGGUUCAACAAUAGGUUCGCCAACAGAUUACUCCACAUCAAAUCUGUCAACAGACAAUUCUACCAUAUAUGAUUGUGGAAGGAACAAUAAGUAUAAUCUACUGCUGUUGCUGCCCUACAUUAUAAGUAGCAUGUGGAGAAUUGAAUGA